AGCUGUGUCAAAUAUGUGAAAAAGUUGAUUACUAGUAAAAAAAAUUAGUUGAUGAGUAGUAAUUGUUUUUAAAUAAAAGUUUGCCUAUAAAUAAUUAUAAAUUUACCACUUUUUUCAUCACAUCAUGUUAACUUUACGAGACAGACAAAUCAAUGCCAUUAAGCAAAUGCUCAAUCUGAAUGUGCAGCAACCGAAAGCAUUAGCGGCAGAGCCUGUGUGGAAAAUACUAAUCUUUGAUCGAGUAGGACAGGACAUCAUUUCGCCUAUUAUUUCAAUUAAAGAGUUACGCGAACUUGGUGUUACUCUACAUGUGCAACUACAUUCCGACCGUGAUUCUAUACCAGAUGUGCCUGCCGUUUAUUUUUGCUUGCCAACCGAUGAGAACUUGGAUCGUAUACAACAGGAUUUCGGCAAUGGCUUAUACGAUGUAUAUCAUUUGAAUUUUCUGGCACCCAUUACACGGCAAAAAAUCGAAGACUUAGCAGCAGCUGCCCUGCAAGCCGGUUGCGUGGCUAAUAUACAUCGUGUAUACGAUCAAUAUGUAAACUUCAUUAGUUUAGAAGAUGAUUUUUUUAUAUUGAAACAUCAGAAAAGUGAACAAUUAUCGUACUAUUCUAUAAAUCGUGCAAAUACCCGUGAUGAUGAAAUGGAAGCAUUGAUGGACUCCAUAGUAGACUCACUAUUUGCUGUAUUUGUCACAUUAGGCAAUGUACCCAUUAUACGUUGUCCACGUAAUAGUGCUGCAGAGAUGGUAGCACGAAAAUUGGAGAAAAAAUUGCGUGAAAACUUAUGGGACUCACGGUCCAAUCUUUUCCACAUGGACGCCACACAAGCUGGCGGUGGUGUAUUUAGUUUUCAACGGCCCGUACUACUGCUAUUGGACCGAAAUUUAGAUUUAGCAACUCCAUUGCAUCACACAUGGUCAUAUCAAGCGCUUGUGCAUGAUGUGCUAGAAUUGGGAUUAAAUUUGGUGUAUGUAGAGGAUGACGGCACGACGAAUACAGGCACUCGUAAGAAACCCAAAGCCUGCGAUCUCGAUCGCAAUGAUCGAUUUUGGAUGACACACAAAGGCAGUCCAUUCCCCACUGUCGCUGAAGCGAUACAAGAAGAGCUGGAAUCUUAUCGCAAUUCCGAGGAGGAAAUCAAACGUCUCAAAACAUCCAUGGGUAUCGAUGGUGAAACAGAAGUGGCUUUCUCAAUGGUCAAUGAUACCACAGCCCGUCUUACUAACGCUGUCAAUUCAUUGCCACAAUUGAUGGAAAUGAAACGUCUCAUUGAUAUGCACACAAAAAUCGCCACAGCAAUAUUAAAUUAUAUUAAAGCGCGACGCUUGGAUUCUUUCUUUGAAUUAGAGGAGAAAAUUAUGUCAAAACAAACACUCGAUCGUCCAUUAUUGGAAUUGCUUAAAGACCCCGAGUUCGGUUUGCCUGAAGAUAAAUUACGUUUGUACAUCAUUUAUUAUAUUUGUGCGCAAAAUGUGCCCGAAUUCGAAUUUGAACGCAUGAAGGAGGCGUUGCAAGAGGCUGGCUGUGAUCUAUCGCCACUUGCUUAUGUACAGCGAUGGAAGGGUAUCAUGAAUCGUUCGCCGGCAAUGAGUCAAGCAGCACAGUAUGAAGGUGGUGGCACGCGAACAGUAUCUAUGUUCUCCAAGUUGGUAUCGCAAGGUUCAUCAUUUGUGAUGGAAGGUGUUAAAAAUUUGGUCGUAAAAAGACAUAGUCUUCCCGUAACGAAAAUCACCGAGCAGGUGAUGGAGUGUCGCAGCAAUUCGGAAACUGAUGAUUAUCUUUACUUGGACCCCAAGCUGCUGAAAGGUGGUGAUGUAUUGCCAAAAAAUCGUGCGCCAUUCCAAGAUGCGGUCGUCUUCAUAGUGGGUGGUGGCAAUUACAUUGAAUACCAAAAUUUGGUUGAUCACAUCAAACAAAAACAAACGGCGAAUGUAAAUAAACGCAUUAUCUACGGCUCGUCGACGCUUAGCAAUGCGAAACUCUUCCUCAAGGAGCUCUCUGCAUUGGGGCGUGAAAUACAAGCACCUGUAUUGAGUUAGGAACGGCAAAGCAAAAACCAAAUAUAUGCUAAGUUAAAGUGCUGUUGAACAGUGAAAAUGCGAAAUAAGUUGAGUGUUUUCGCUUAUUUCUGACCUUGCUUCAACCAGAAAUGAAUUGAAAUUUGUAUUAAAAUUAUGUUUAGUGCAUAUUAAUGUGUAUAAUUGGCAGCGCGCAGUAAACAUUGCGUUGUUAUUCUUUAAAAUUGUUUUGGCAUUUUUGUUUAUAUGUAAGCAAUGGUUUUCGUUUUUUUUUACAACUUAUUAAAAUGAUUCAUACAUAUUACCCUAUAUCGAAUUGAAUAUGUGAGUCUACUUAUGAAAUAUAUAUGUAUGUCCAUAUAUAUACAUUUAAAGCAUUCAAUUUCAUGUAAAGUUUAUUAUUUUACAAAUAUCGCCUUAUUAUAUGCGUGUGUAGCUUAAUAACACUUUAUUUAUCCAAUUAUUAAAUUAACGGAAGUAAAUACACAUACCUUUAGUAAAAGCAACACAGAAAUUA